AUGAGCAGCAGAGGCCAAGAUGAGCCGAGCGGGCCCGAGAAAACGUUAGCUGACGGGAAAUUACUUGGUGACGACGAGGCUACGUCUCUGGAGGCACUGGAGAGUGACUUUGAGGAAGUGUUAGCUGAGCUGGAAGGCGAUAAAAGCUUGGAACGCUUUCGUCUCGAAUACGAGAAGCUCCACCGCGCGUUGAAGAAGUCUAAUGGACAAGAAAAGAAACUUAUUAAGAAGUGUCGUGAGCUAAAUGCUGAGAUCAUCAACAAUGCUGCCAAGGUACAGACAGCACUCAAGCUCUCGCAGGAGGACCAAGCUAGUAUCGCCUCACUGAAGAAAGAGAUGGAGAAGGCUUGGAAGAUGGUGGAUGCGUCGCACGAGAAGGAACUACGUGCCAAAGAGACGAUCCAGCAGCUCAAGGAUGAGAUGGUCAAUCUCGGUCGCCUCGUGGAACAAGGAUCCGGAUUGAGUGCUGGACAAGAAAGUAUGCUGAAGGAGGUUAUGCGUGCUAAGGAGGAGUUGAUGCGCGCCAAUGAGGAGCACGAAGCCAACGCUAAGAAAGACCACGAACGGAUCCAAGAGCUGCAUCGUCGUCUGGCAGACAUGGACAAUCUUACGACCACGCAAAAGGGUGAUAUUCAAUCGUUAAAGGACCAACUCGCGAUGAAAUCUGCGGAACAAGAGCGCGAGACACGACGCAAGGAGCGACUGGAUAAAGAGAUCAAAGACGUCAAGAGUAAGAUGGAGAAAAAGACUACAGAGCAGGCUCAAGGCGCGACAGAGCUUACGCGCUUACAGACACAAGUUGGAGCGCUGGAGAAGCAGCUCGCGGAGGCGCAAGGUACGAUGGACAAGUAUGUGCGAGACUAUGAGACGCUGUUCGGACGUACCCAGAAGCUCACGGAUCUCCUGAACGAGCAGAAUGAUAAGACGAUGCAACUUGAAGUAGAGCGACGCAACUUGGAGAACGAAAUCAAGGCGCGACACGAGGAAAUUCACCGCGUGAAGCUUGAGAAGGGCACGGUGGAGCGCAAAUUGGACAAAGAGAAGCGACUUCUGCAGCAACUAGAAGAAAAACUUGAGGGCGAACACACGGCCAAGAUCGUGCUGCAAACGCAGAUCAAGAGCAUGCAACACGAUCUGGAUCAAGACAAGAUCAAUGAAGACCACACACGAACGGAGUUGGAGGCGUUAGAACGAGAGAAAGCUAUGCAAAUGAAGCAGACGCUGAAGGUAGAGGGCAAAGUUCGUCGUGCUCAGGAUGAGAUCAAGACCAACGAGCGUGUCGCAAAGAACUUGGAGCAAGAGCUGGCAGGAUUCAAGCUCGAAGCUGCCAAGCAACGUAAACUUAUCUAUCAGCUCGAGAAGGAACGCGAGAAGUAUGGCAUGGAGGCAGCCGAGCAACGUAAACUCUACUUGCAAGCUGAAGAAGAAGGGAAGUUGAAGGAAAUGCGAAACCACGACUUGCAAAAGAAGGUGCAUGAAGGAGAGACCAAGUUGAAGCAACAGCAGCAACUUUACGAGGCUGUACGUAGUGAGCGCAACCUGUACAGCAAGAACCUCAUAGAAUCGCAAGAUGAGAUCGCCGAGAUGAAGCGCAAGUUUAAGAUUCUGACCCACCAGAUCGAGCAACUUAAAGAAGAAGUGGCUGCCAAAGAUGUUGCGUUGGUCAAAGAGCACUUUGAUCAUCAAAAAGUCGAGAAGCAAAAGGAACAGCACAAGAGCGAACUGGCUCGUCUACGAGCUCUCUUGGCUGCGAACGAAGAAACAAUCAACAAUCAAGAUGCGGAGGUGCGCAAACUCAGUACUCUCAUUCGUCGAAUGGACGAUGAGGCGCUGGAGCAGCGUAAAGAAUACGGUCAGGUUAUCAAUGAACGCGACAUUCUAGGCACCCAGCUCAUCCGACGCAACGACGAGCUUGCACUUCUGUACGAGAAGCUUAAGAUCCAGCAGUCCACUCUGAGCAAGGGCGAAGCUCAGUACCAAGAGCGACUUCAGGAUAUUCGCGUCUUGAAGUUGAAAGUGACGGAUCUCAAGCGCGAGCUGUAUAUUGCCAAGCAUCAAGUGGGUCAAGCAGACGAACUCAAGCGGGAAGUGUAUCAUCUUCAACGUGAGCUGCUCCAGGAGAAAACCAAGGUGAAGGCUUUGUCGGAAGAGCUGGAGAAUCCCAUGAAUGUGCAUCGAUGGCGCAAACUCGAAGGAAGUGACCCAGCAACGUACGAGCUGCUACAGAAGAUACAAACUCUACAAAAGCGACUGAUCCAGAAGACCGAAGAAGUCGUCGAGAAGGAACUCGUGAACCAAGAGAAGGAUAAACUUUAUCAAGAGCUGAAGGCAAUCCUAGCACGACAGCCGGGUCCUGAAGUUGCAGAACAGCUGAGUUGGUACCAGCAGGUCGUCCGAGAGAAGGAGAAGCAGCUCAAGAGCUUACUGAGUGAGCAGAAUAUGUUACAAGCCAAGGAGCACGAGCUCAAGUUUGAGAUCGAGCGUCUAGCGCGCGAGUUGCACGAAUUCAAACGGAAAUAUUACAAGAAGAAGCUCGAAGCGAAGAUGAAGGACAAGCAGCCUGUCAUUCUGGCCUCGAAAAACCAGCAUCCUGCUGAACAACAACGACAACUUGCGAUCGCAGCAGCAAACCGGUUCGUAGGAGGUGGCUUUAGUCUCAACCAAUAG